UGGGGAAGUGAAUGUACAUCCACUCAGCACUGGAGCCCGGCCAUCCUCCAGCCACUCCCACCUUUCUGCUCUUGCAGGGUCUGGAUGCUCUGGCUUCUUCUUCCUGUCCAGCCCCAGGCGCUCUGCUCCAGGAGAUGGAGGCUGAAGGGGCGCCCCCCGCCAGCGGCUGCUGCCCCGUGGCCCUAGGGAAGCUUCUGCCAGGCCUCUGCUUCCUCGGCUGCCUGGUGACCUACGCCCUGCUGGGUGCUGUGCUGUUCUCCGUGAUUGAGGGCAGCCAGGUCCAGAGGGCAGAAAAUAAACCCGAGUUCCAGAAGUUCCUGAGUGAGAUGUCUAGAAUCCUGAACUGCACGGCGACAGCUUCAGAAGACAAAAAACAGGAAGUGCUGAAUCUUCUACAGGAGGUGCAGCCCGAGAAGUGGCUCCAGACGCCGGAGGACUGGAACUUCCUGGGCUCACUCUUUUUCUGCUGCACGGUGUUCAGCACAGUGGGUUACGGCCACCUGUUUCCUGUCACAAGGGUUGGCAGGUACUUGUGCAUGCUGUACGCCCUCUUUGGAAUUCCCUUGAUGUUCUUGGUCCUCACAGACAUAGGUGACGUCCUGGCAACCAUUUUAUCCAAGUCUUACAAUGGGCUACGCACACUCCCUUUCUUCCUCUCUUCCCCCUCCAAGUGGUGCUCCCUCCUGCACUGCAGAAGAAAGUCUGACUCCCGUCCUGUGGAUGAAGCUGUCCCUCAGAUCAUCGUCGGGGAUGGAGAGCUCGCUGGCCCUAAUUCUGGCAAGUGUCCUUCAGCCCCAGGUUCCAACACAGAGCUGUUUGAGAGAUUCAUCACCAAACAGCAAGAGAACUUGCUCCAACUGCCCCCACGUAACCUGGAGAAGAGCAGCUCGUGUCCUGAGCUGAGGCUGGGAAGACUCUCCUGCUCCAUCAUCAGCAACCUGGAUGAGGUGGGACAGGAAGUAGAAAGGCUGGACGUCCCCCUCCCUGUCAUCGCCCUUGUGAUCUUUGCCUACAUUUCCUGUGCAGCUGCCAUUUUGCCCUGCUGGGAGACAGAGAUGAACUUUGAGGAGGCCUUCUAUUUCUGUUUUGUCACACUGACCACCAUCGGGUUCGGGGACAUUAAGUUAAAUCACCCUCACUUCUUCUUGUUUUUCUCCAUUUAUAUCAUCAUCGGAAUGGAGAUCGUGUGUAUUGCUUUCAAGUUGAUGCAAAACAGGAUCAUUAAUAUCUACAAAAAUGUCAUGCUAUUCUUUGCCAAAGGGAAGUUUUACCACCUUGUUAAAAAGUGAAGGCUGUGUAUCUCUCAAGUGACAGACAGGCUGAGCUGGUUUUCUUGCCUUGUCUAUGGGUGAUGUGAUUAAAACCAGUGGCACUGAAGCCUGUUGUCUGAGACUCUGAGGCUUAAAAAUUCCUAUAUGAGCCCUGAGGUCAGUCUUGAGGCCCUGCUGAAGUCUUUUUUUUUUUUUUUGUACCAGGGAUCAAACUCGGGUCCUUGCGAAUGAGAGGCAGGCGGCUGAACCACUGAGCUAAAUCCCUGGGCCCUCUGCUGAAUUCUGGCCAAUGCCCUUUGUAUCAGGACCUGCAGGAAAUUCCACAACUAUGAUUCAAAAAUCUAAUUAAUUCUCCUAUCUGCUCUUUUUUUGAUGGUGGUGGUAAUGGGGAUUUACCCAGAUAGGACCUUCAUAUUGAGCUAUAUCCCUAGCCCUUUUUUAUUUUGUAUUUUGAGAUAGGGUCUUGCUAAGUUGUUUGCUUAGGCUGUGUUUGAAUUUUCAAUCCUUCUGCCUCAGCUUCUUAGUGCUGGGAUUACAGGCGGGCAUCAUCACACCUAGCUUUUUUUUGUUCCCCCAUUUAAAAAAUCAUCACCUUAUGAAGAUGAGAAAAUGUGAUGAUGUCCCUGGUUUUGUGUGACAUGAGCAAAACAACAACAAGAAAAAAUCACCUUUUGUCUUAGUUACUUCUUUGUUGAGAC